AUGGAGAGUCUCGAUUCAUUCAAAGACACGGAUAAUUGUGAGCUGAGAAGUAGUCAGGAGCCGUUGUCGAAAUACCAAAAAGGAGGGUUUCAUCCACUGUGUCUUGGCGAGACGCUCCGUGAUGAGAGGUAUACAGUAAAGCAUAAACUUGGUUGGGGUGGGUUCUCGACUGUGUGGCUUGCGUGGGAUAAUCAAGAAGAGAAAUAUGUGGCGGUCAAAAUCUUGACUGCUGAUAGUCCAGCGUCAAUUGAAGCGCAGCAUCUGAAGGGCCUAGAUCAGGCGUCUAACGAAGGAUUAGAUGAAGUGUUCAUAGUCGAGCUCUUCGAUACUUUUGAGCUUGAAGGUCCGAAUGGGAAACAUCAGUGUUUAAUUUUCGAGGUUUUAGGACCUUCGCUUGCGGUCGUCCUCGAGUCGUAUUCGUUGACUAGCAAAGAGGUUCUGAAAGCCACGAAACAGUUAUUACACGCCGUUUCUUUUAUACAUGAGAACGGAUAUGGUCAUGGUGACAUCAGUAUUCGAAAUAUAGCAUACACACUCCCACAAGUUCCUACUUUCAAUCUCAUGGAUCACCUCGAUCAACCUCAAGUCCAUGAUCUGGUACUCAAAUCGGGGGAAGGUUUGCCUCCAGGCUUUCCAACCCAAAUCGUCAAGGCAGCAGAAUGGAAAACUCAGGAUAUUUUCGACGAAGCAGAUAUUCGUCUUCUAGACUUCGGUGAUACCUUCGAACAAGGUCAUGAGCCAGAUCAUCUCGCACAACCAAAUUCCUUACGAGCGCCUGAGACGAUUCUGACAGAUGGUUUUGAUUUCAAAGUCGACCUCUGGGAUGUUGGUGUUACGAUUUACGAAAUCAUAUUCAGAGAUCCUCCUUUCAUGUAUCUGGGCGAUGAGGAGGGAUUCAUCGCUUCUAUGCUUGCCUUUAUUGGAGGCGAGAUGCCAAAGGAGUGGGAUGAGGUGUAUCGGGAGAUUCAUAGGAAAGGUGGAAGGGAGUGGGAGGUGUUCGAGAAUGUACCCGAGAGCAAGCCGGGUCUCGAACGGAAAUUUGAAUCUCUCGAGGAUAAAUCGCUGAAACCUUUACUUGCUAUACUUCAAGGUUUGAUGAAGUUCAAUCCGGAAGAUCGGAUCUUAGCCUCGGAAGCACUAAAGAAGAUAUUUGACAUCGAGACGGUGCACUGA